CACUACAUUGGCCUAAACAAGCAAACAUAAUUGUAUCUCAGUUGCUCUCUCUCUCUCUCUCAUUCUUUUCCUGUUUCUCACUUUCUUUACUUCUCUCUCUUUCUUGUCAUUUUACUCUCUAAUGGAGUUGGGUAGUGUUAUCCAGGUUCUUGAGAACAAGACCAUUUUAGUUACUGGUGCCACUGGCUUUCUAGCAAAGAUUUUUGUGGAAAAGAUACUAAGAGUUCAACCAAAUGUGAAGAAGCUUUAUCUUCUUGUAAGAGCUGCAGAUGCCAAGUCAGCCUCACAACGGUUGCAAAAUGAGGUAUGCGGGCAACAACGAAAAUGUUCGGGUGCACACCAUAUCUACAUUAUAUCCUAUUAUAAAAUAUGUAAUUUUAUCAUAAAAUUUUAUAAUAUCAAUUAUAAAAUGUGUCACCUAGUCAUAAAUGAACGUAAUAAAAUGUUUAAAAUUUUUGAAUACAUUAUUAGGCUCAGUAACCAGCUCAAACCCAAUCAACUGUUCAACUCAAGUUACUUGUCUUACAUUUGUUUCCUUAAUGGAACAUUUGUGUUUUCAGCUUAUGUAUCUGGUGAAAGGGCUGGACUCAACUUAGAGAAACCCUUUUACAUGGGCGAGACAAUUAAUGGGACUCUUGGAUUGGACAUUGAAAUGGAGAAGAAAAUUGUGGCAGAGAGGUUGAGUGAGCUUAGGGGAAAAGAGACUACAGAAGCAGAAAUUACCUUGACAAUGAAGGAUUUGGGUAUUGAAAGAGCAAGGAAGUAUGGAUGGCCAAACACAUAUGUAUUUACAAAGGCAAUGGGAGAGAUGCUUUUGGGAGAAAUGAAAGAAAAUGAAAUGCCAAUUGUCAUCCUCCGACCCACCAUCAUUACUAGUACUUACAAAGAACCCUUCCCUGGCUGGAUUGAAGGUUUGAGAACGGUUGACAGCUUAAUUGUUGGUUACGGCAAAGGGAAAUUGACAUUCUUCCCUGGUGAUCUAGAAUGUAUACUUGAUUUGAUACCAGCUGACAUGGUGGUGAAUUCAAUGGUGGUUGCAAUGGCGGCUCAUGCAAAUAAGCCUAAUUGUCGUGAGAUGAUGAUAUACCAAGUGGGAUCUUCGGUAUCAAAUCCAAUAAAAUUAGAAUAUAUUAAAGAUUACAGCCAAAGUUACUUCAAAAAGCAUCCAUGGAUUGGUAGGGAUGGCAAGCCUAUCAAAGUUGGCCAAGUUACACUCCUCACCUCCAUGGCUACCUUCCACAAAUACAUGGCCAUUCGUUAUUUGCUUCCACUCAAGGGAUUACGUGCAGUAAACACAACAUUUUGCCAUUAUUUUCAUGGCAUGUAUGUCGAUCUUCAUCGAAAGAUCAAAUUCGUGAUGCGAAUGAUAGAGCUUUACCAACCUUACUUGUUCUUCAAGGGCGUCUAUGAUGAUACCAACACAGAAAAGCUACAAAUGACAGUAAAAGAGAGCAGCGUUGAAACAAAAGUAUUUUACUUUGAUCCUAAAAUCAUUAAUUGGGAAGACUACUUCAUGAACAUUCAUAUACCUGGCGUAGUAAAAUCUAUGCUAAUGUGAUGAAAGAAUCACAAGAUCUCAAAAAUUUAUGUUUCAGUGCUUCUGUCAGUGUGUUUUGUGUAUUUUCAAUAAAUGUAUGAAUUUGUUGGCACAGAUACAUUUUAAAUUUGUCUUUAAUACAAAAAAUCCCUAUUUAUGUUUUUCUAGA